CUCGAUGAAGCCUCCCUGAAAGAGCAUGAGGAGGUGACCAAGAUCAAGAACGUGAGCAAGGUUCAGAUAGGCAAAUUCGUGGUUGAGACUUGGUACUUCUCUCCCCUGCCAAGAGAAAUAUGGAAGCAGGACGAUCCGCCUAUUGACGUGCUCUACUUCUGUGAGUUUACUCUCAAUUUCUACAAGACUAAGAAAGAGCUUGAGAGACAUCAGCUCAAGAGAAAAUGUCCUCGGCACCCACCUGGAGAUGAGAUAUACCGCCGAGAUAACGUUUCUGUGUUUGAAGUAGACGGAGCCAAGUCGAAGGUGUGGUGCCAAAACCUUUGCUACCUCGCCAAGAUGUUCCUCGACCACAAGACGCUCUAUUGGGAUGUCGACCCUUUCCUCUUCUAUGUUGUCUGCGAGUGUGACGAUCAGGGAUGUCAUGUGGUGGGAUAUUUCUCCAAGGAGAAAGAAAGCGAGAUGGACUACAACCUUGCCUGCAUCCUCACUUUCCCUCAGCACCAGCGAAAGGGAUACGGCAAGUUCAUCAUCAGCUUCUCCUUCGAGCUCUCGAAGAUCGAGAAGAAGAAAGGGACGCCCGAGAGGCCCCUCUCCGAUCUUGGCCGUGUGAGCUACGAGUCCCAUUGGGCUCGCGAGCUCCUUCAUAUUCUCAAGAAGAUUGGCGACCACCCGGAUCCGACUAGCCGGACCAUCUCCAUAGAGGAGCUCAGUGAUCGCACAGCCUUUAAGAGCAAGGACAUCGAGGACACUCUCCGGCGCCUCCAGAUCCUCAACUACUACAAGGGGCAGUGGAUCAUCAAUAUCAACCCUCGCUUGGUUGAAUACUGGCUGUCCCGCUGUGGUGGUCCGGGAGUCCCGGUAGACCCAGAAAAGAUACACUGGAUGCCUCACAUCGUGCACGAGCGAUACCUGUAA